AAGACCCUCGGCAUGGCGGUGGUGGUAGUGGUGGUGUUACAGGGCGAGGUGUAGAGGAGGCAGGCAGUGACAAGGCGUGCAGUUCGGUCGUAGCUGCCUUUGUGACUGUUUGGUGAAGAUCUUUGCUUUUUCGUGUGUGAGGAUUUUGUUUAAAAUGAAGGUGCCCGUGUUGUUCAUGGUGGUUGUGUCCCUGGGUGUUACGGGGCCCAAGGUGGAAGGAACAUUCUCGUGGUUCACUUCUUCCCCUGACCUGCCGUCGUUGACCCUUCCCGACAUCUGUGGAGCGAGAGUGUUCGUGUCGGAGAACGAGACGACGAUCCCUCGAGCUACAAAUACCACGACCAAUGAAACUAACAUGACGGACGGAACAAUAAACGGAACAACGGUGUCUCCUGUGGAUCAGCAAGAUGGCCGUCCAGCAGUACUGACAGAUACUCCCUGGCCGUGGGUUGUGCGUAUCGGCGACAGGGCUGCCGGGGUGUUACUGUCACAGCAACACGUAAUCACACUAGAACACUGUCUCGAGGAUUACAGCUUGUGGUAUGGAGGGUUUUCCACCUUCCCCGUACAAGUCGGGGAAGGUAGCAUAGUCGUGCCGAGGGUACAGGCUCAGGGCAGCGAGGGCGGUGAGUUCCCUCUGGCGCUGCUAACCCUAGAGUCUAACCUGACGUGGAUCCCUGCCCCAGUGUGCGUCGGUGCCUUGCAGGAUGGACUGUUGGCAGCUGCUGUUGGUUGGGGAGACGAAGGCACCCUGCGUGAGGAGCCCCUUACACUGUAUCGUAGAGGUCAAUGCAACGCGCUCUAUCUGAAUUAUAACGACGACGAGAUGGUGUGUGGUGGGACUGGACCCAUGGACUGCGGGGCUCCACUACUACAGGCUGAUGAUGGCCGCUGGAUGCUUGUUGGCCUGGGAGUUGGUGACGAGUCGUCUGUGGCAAGAUAUGUCCGCCUUGAGCCGUCCCGGGAAUGGCUCGAGAACGUUUGAUUUGGACGUGGGUGUCUUUAGCUGAAGGGGUGGUCUCGAUUUUAUCGUAGGUUUUAAAUGAUGCAGUUUUUAAGAUGACUGAAGCUUUAGAGUUCUUAAAGGCAAAUUUAAGUUGCAUUUUCUUCAAGCCAUUCUGCAACGCUGUCCUAGCAUGAGAUUCUAUUACUGAUGUCCUCGGAGAACUUCGUUGUAUUACUGCCAUUUGGUGACGCUAUGAGGACAAAGUAGAAUUUCACCAGGUUUUCUCAGGGUUGUGUAUGAAUAUGUUCACUUGAGGUGUGUAAGAGCUUUUUACCAAUAAAUGAAAGUAGAUACUAAA